UCACCUUAGAGACGGCCAGCUAAUGGAGUCAAGCGGACACGCCGAUGCGUAAAGACUACUGCAAAACGAAACCGCUGCCGAUGUAAAUAGGGGUGUUUUUUAUUCCUGAAAUAGUUCACUUGUCGCUGAUAUAUGCUGUCUAGAAUGCCAUGACCGCGAAGGAAUAGUUGAAUGCGAAACAAUUGGCUCCUUUGCAGCUCACUCUCCGUUUCAACACAAAGGCCUAUGUAGCUAGUUAGCUUCAGCUGGCUAGCAAGUGAUUUAACGCUAACCACAUCUGCGCCAUGGUGCUUUAAUGUUUUAUCUGUAACACCCUGCGUCUGUCCUGCCAACAAGACCGUUUUUUGGCUUUCUAACGACAAUGGCGGAACAGGACCUAGAAGCAAUGCAGCAGAAUCUGGACAGGAGCUGCUGGGUGUGCUUCGCCACGGACGAGGACGAUCGCACGGCGGAGUGGGUGCGCCCCUGUCGCUGCCGUGGCUCCACCAAGUGGGUCCACCAGGCCUGCCUGCAGCGCUGGGUGGACGAGAAGCAGCGGGGCAACAGCACAGCACGCGUGGCCUGCCCACAAUGCAAUGCAGAAUACCUCAUUGUCUUUCCCAAACUGGGCCCCGUGGUUUACGCGCUGGACCUGGCCGACCGGCUCAUCUCUAAGGCCGGCCCCUUCGCCGCCGCCGGCAUCAUGGUGGGCUCCAUCUACUGGACCGCAGUCACCUACGGAGCCGUCACCGUCAUGCAGGUGGUGGGCCACAAGGAGGGCCUGGACGUCAUGGAGCGGGCCGACCCCCUGUUCCUGCUCAUCGGCCUGCCCACCAUCCCCGUCAUGCUGAUCCUCGGCAAGAUGAUCCGCUGGGAGGACUACGUCCUGCGCCUGUGGAGGAAAUACUCCAACAAGCUGCAGAUCCUCAACAGCAUCUUCCCAGGGAUUGGCUGCCCAGUUCCUCGCAUCCCGGCGGACGCCAGCCCCCUGGCGGACCACGUGUCGGCCACGCGGAUCCUGUGCGGCGCGUUGGUCUUCCCCACCAUCGCCACCAUCGUGGGGAAGCUCAUGUUCAGCAGCGUCAACUCCAACCUGCAGAGGACCAUCCUGGGGGGGAUUGCCUUUGUAGCCAUCAAGGGGGCGUUUAAGGUGUACUUCAAGCAGCAGCAGUACAUGAGGCAAGCCCACCGCAAGAUCCUCGACUUCCCCGAGCCAGAAGACGCCUGAGGACGCUCCGCGGCCCGAUGGCUACACCACACGUCUCUGCCCCGGGGGGGGGCAGCAAACUGUUGGACCAAAGAGCGGGAUGUGCUGGUGAAGCAGACUUAUGAUCAGUGUCACCCUAACCCCCCCCCAACAAAUCACCCUUCCUUGAUGGUGCACUGAGUCAGAGCGCCGCCAUGGACGUUCAUUUGAAGCCCCCCUCGGACCCCCUCCCCCCCCCAACAUUGUUUUCAAUCUCCCGAUGCUUUUCUGAGGUGAAGACUGAUAAGACUUGUUGACACAGACCGGAGCAUGUUUUGCAGUCUGUGUACGUACACACACACACACACACACACACACACACACACACGCACCAAGGCUCUGUCGGGUUCAACAACCAUAUAUCUAACAAUCUAACAGUCAUUGUGAACCUGUGUUUUUAAGAAAGCAAAUAUGGGGGCCACGUGUAAUUCAUUUUAUAAUACAUGACUUUGUUUCUAAUGUUUUGCAGAUUUGAAAGAGCCCCCUUGGCCAAUGUUAGCAGAGUGUAGAAUGUAUUCAUGAUAAAACAAUAAAAUGGGUCAUGCGUGGUGAAGCAGUACAUUCACCACCACCAGGAAGCAUUUACAUAAACCUCGUCUCAUACUUAGCCAAUGAGGAUCCAGCUGUAACGGACUCACACGGACUCAUCUCGACCCUGCAGGUGUACGGAAGGUGUUGCACCUGCUCUGUGGUCCACACGCCGCGUUUCCAUUGGUUUCCAUCUCCACUGAAAGCCAGCCAGCAGAGAGGAGGCGCUGACCCAGGAGAGCAUGCUUUACUUUAGUUCAGUGUGUGAUGGUGGGACUGCAGUGUCUGAGGGAAUUACCUUAAAGUGAGACCUGGGACACUGAUUACUGGGGGGAGGGGGAGGGGGUGCUGCCGGGGGGCUGCUAUGUUGGCGGGGCUCUUACACCUCAAUGGCCUUUACAGAAAGUUUUGCCUGAUUUCCAACAUUUCUUCAGUAGAAAAAAAAUAUCAAGUGCAUCCCUAAUAAAAGGGGACGUCUUUUGUCAACACAUCAAAUUUAAUACAAAAUAAAAGUAUUAGGGUAGCAAUGGAAAUCCUAAAACCUGGAAAAAUCCAACACUAUCUUCAUGUGAGGGAUGUUUCAACAUGCAGCUUUUUGUUUGCUUUGAAUCAUGAUUAACUUCACUUAGCGGAUAAUUAAACCCAAACUUUAUAUAAUAUAGAUAUAUAUACACACACAGUGGCUGCUUAACAGGUGUCCUCCUUCAACCCUCCCAGGUAGAUUCUCUGCUCGUCUACACUCGGCCAAAAGAGAGUUUAAACUAUGACUUGUGUGAAUAAAUGUAUUUUUCCAAUGA